AAGAAACUUGAAUAAAAAAGCACUGGUAUUUUCUUUAAAGUUUUGAUGAGCCGUUGCAACUGGGUAAUUUUCAGUUUCUUUUUUAAAAAGGUUUGAAGUGGAGCUUGAGAGUAAUAAUAGCUUUCCGGUCCACAAGUAGCGGACAUCAUGAAGCUUCAUACUAUAGUGGCGUUAAUAGCUUUGCUAUUUUUUUUUGCUGACGCCAAACCCACACAUAAGCACAAAAAACCUCAUCGAAAAGAUGGGGGUUUGUCUCAACUUUCAAGAAAUAAUGAUAAGAAGUUAGAAGGUAAAUCAAGUGAUAAAGUUAAAGGAAGUAUUGGCCAUGGAAAAAAUAGCGAUAAGCAGUAUGCUCCUCCUCCAGCUCCUCCACCAGAUUUCGUAAAAACACCAGGUUAUCCACCACCACCAGCUCCUCCCCCAUUUGUUGGAUGUGUAUUUGUAGACGACUGGUAUUGUCCACCUGCAGCUGCUGUACCACCACCACCUCCAUUCCCUGCUCCUCCAUAUCCAGUAUAUCCACCAUACGAUCCUAACUAUGUGCCACCACCUCCUCCACCACCUCCUCCAGUAGACUACGUACCACCCCCACCCCCACCACCACCAGCACCCGCACCACCACCACUAGAGCCUGCACCACCAGCACCCGCACCACCUCCACUAGAACCAGCACCACCAGCACCUGCACCACCACCAGCAGAUCCUGCACCACCACCACCACCAGCAGAUGCACCACCAGCACCACCACCAGAUGCACCACCACCACCACCAGCUGAAAAUUUGGAGACUGAAAAAGAAGAAAAAUCAGAUUAUAGCAAAGAAGAAGGAGAGGAAGAAGAAGGAUCAGCCACUGAUGCCAAAAUUGAAGAAGAAAAAAAAGUUGACGAAGAAAAAAAACAAAAAGGAGAAGUUAAAAAAGUUUCAAAGAAAGUAAAGGGAAAGAAUUUGGUGAAGUCAAAAGGAAAGGGAAAAAAAGCUCACAAAAAAGGAACUGUUCUAACGCACACUAUCAAUAAAAUAUCUCAAACACCUAACGCAGUUUUAAUACAACACGCCAAAUCGCAUACAACAUCUCAUACUCGAUUAAAGCAAACUUCUCGAAAACGACGUAGUAAUGAUGACGAUGACGAUACAAACGAAGAUAAUAGUGACGAUAAUCAUGAAUUAGAUGAAGGUAGCACCGAAAAUAAUUCUUCGGGAUCAGGAUCCUCUGAAACAGAUGCAUCUUCACAACUUUCUCCCAAAAUUGGCAAAACCCCAAUAGGGGCAAAAAAAAAAAGCAAGAAUAUAAAUAUUGAAUCCGAAAAACAAGCAAAUCUUGGAGAAGCUAAAAAUGAAGAUGCUGAAUCAGGAGAGAAAGAAAAUCUUGUUAAAACUAAAAGUGAAAACGUCGAAUCAGAAAAAUCUAAAGAUGUAAAAGCAAAAGGAAAAAAAAGCGAGAAAAAAAAUACCAAAAAAAGCGAGAAAAAAACAAAAGCAAAAAAAACAAAAAGUGUGACAUUAAAAACACUUGUAAAACCUAAAAGAAGUUUGGAAGAAGAAACAAGCGAUCAUAUUAAACUAACUGCCGAAGACAAAAAAAAUGAGAAAAAAUCGCUAGAUGAUGAUCUUGAGGAAGGAAACGAAAAUAAUGACGCAGAUGAUGAAGAAGAAGAAGAAAAAAAAGAUAAAAAAAAAGAUGAAAAAGAUAAAAAGAAGAAAAAGCCCAAGCAACCACCAGUUCCAGUAGCUGCUCCAGCUCCUGUUGCGCCACCAAUGGUUCCACCACCAGUGUAUCCACCCGUUUUACCACCUUUUCCUCCACCGCCACCACCAGUAUACCCACCUCCAGUUCCUCCACCAGUUCCUCCACCAUUCCCACCACCACCAGCUCCAUUGCCUCCUGUUCCACCUCCGGCUCCUUUACCUCCCCCUCCUCCUCCUCCAGUUCCCCCACCUCCACCCGUUAUAUAUCCUAAAAAAAAGAAAGAAAAAUCAAAAACAUUGAAAAAAGUAAAAGCAGGAAAGAAAGAGAAGUUGAAAAUGACAAAAGAAAAGAAAGGAUCAACUAAAAAAGAAUAAAAGAAUAUUUUUGUACAAAAUUUUUAUGAACAAAAAAGGUUUUAGAAAUGUAAAAAUUUUAUAAACACAAAUUUUUUUUACCAACACGUGAUUUUACCAAGUUUUAAAACUACAAUUCAUAAUUAUGAAAAAUUAUGAAUAUAAAA